AUGAUGCAUCCUCAAGUCCUCCUAUCAGGCCUUUUACUCCUUCUCCCAGCUGCUGUGUAUUGUUUCCCAGAAGUUCAUGGAGUUCUGGAUCACCCUGUGAAACUGCCAUGUACUUAUCCAAUCUCUAAUGGGAUCUCAUCCAUGUGUUGGGGCCGAGGGGAAUGCGGGGAUACAUGUGGACAAACACUUAUCUGGGCUGAUGGACACAAGAUCUACUAUCAGACAAACAAUCGCUACCAGUUGAAGGGACAGCUUCUUGGAGGGGAUGUGUCCUUGACAAUAGAGAAUACCACUGAGAGUGACAAUGGUCUCUACUGCUGUCGAGUGGAAAUGAAGGGCCCAAAUGGUGUACAGAGACUUACCGUCUCAUUGCAAGUUCAGCCAGAUUACACAGACUUUGUGACAUCUUCCCACCGUUCUUGGAGUAAUCACACUGAAGUGGCCCCCACAUCUCACCCCCUGAAGAUCUCCACUAUGGGCCUCUAUAUUGGAAUCUCUGUGUCCACUGGGGUGCUGCUUCUCACGAGCAUCCUGUUGGCCAUAAACACACACCAGGAGGACGUGCUCUCAGUCACUGUGUGUGGCAGCAUGAGUGAUGCUUCACUUUCUUGCUCAGUCCAUCUUCUAAUGAUGAACUUGGAUGUGGCCGAAGGACCAACCAUGGUGGUCCUGAGCAGAGGGCAAGCUCAUCUUCACCAUCAGAAGGUGGUCCUUGCUUAG